AGGAUUUCUUCCCCGCAGCACCAGAGGGGGUUACGAUAACACAAAUCAGCUGAGAUGAAACAUCCAGUGUGAUAUGUGGCGGUGACCACCGAUCGAUCUUCCAUUGCAAGGAUAGGCAUCAUACCUUGUACCUUAGCCACAAUGUGUGAAUGAAUAUGUCCCAGGAUCUCACUACAGGAAAUACGAAGCGCACUCAACGGGUUUCUCGGGCUUCAUUGAGAUCAAAAGUGGAAGUGGUUUUUGAGGUCCCCACCAGAAGUAAGCCAGCUCGCCUCCCUUCUUCUUUUCUCCCCUGUAGUUCCGUUAUUGCAAAUUAUCUGACCAAUUGGCCCGCUUGUUUUAUCAUUUGUGGUCCGGUGUUCUUCUGGACCAGUAAUGAUCAGCGAACUCGAUGGUUGUUGCGGAGAAAAGCUCACUAUAAAAUAGUCUUAGAUUCGAAACGGCCCGUGCAAAAGACCCCGGUAUCCACGACCAGCAAUGACAAAUCGGCAAUACUCGCGGGCCUGGGAGAACGGGGGCUGGACACGCCCACCACCAUACUCCAUAUUCGUCCUUGUUUGCUCUCUUAAAGAUGCUCCUGGCUUAGGCAUGCAACAAGCUCAGUAUGCAGGGCCCUGGUUUCAUGCUAAAGACGUGGGCGCAAAAGUAACCUGAACAUUGUCGGAUGGAGUUCGCAGUCCCGACACUAAGCAGCUGAACAGCCGUAUUCGCCUAGCGUACGGAAAGAUCCCCGACGGCCGUGUCCGGCUUUUGCGGUCAAUGGCCCUUGUCCUAAGCUCAAUAAUUGUCCCGGGGGUUCAUGGGCGACAUCUAUCAUCACACCCUUCCAG